GAAGCCUCCUUCAUUCUCACCCACUACAUUUAUGUUCUUCAAAAUCCGCACAUCAGCAAAUUGGGGGAAUUUCUGCUGGCGAUAACAACCAGGGCCGGAGCUAGUCAAACUACCGCUUUGGAUGCUAGAGGACAGUAUCUACAAGGUCUGACCAGGCUACCCCUGGGUGUGGGUUUUCAACUGGUUGCAUGAGUACGGCCCGGAGCCGUUGAAUAUCUAGCAAGAUGUCCGGCAGAGGUGAGAAGAAAGGCAACACCAACGACACCGGGCAGGACAAUGAUACGAAAGACCAGGCACAACGGAAUCGUCUGCUAGUCAAGUCCAAUUCCUACAAAUCUACUCGAGUCACUUUCCGAAGUAUCAAAUCUGCCGCUACAACUAGGCCUCCUUGGAACGGCGGAACUUCGCCGUCUCCGACAAGCACCAAGGCAUCAGCAGCUAAACGUAGCGCUCGCAUAUUACCCAGGAAGCUUCCAAUUCGCGGAAAGCUUCUAACUCAAGAAGAAUUUUCCUGUCCACAAAACACCCAGCAGGCUCCAACAUUGAAAGCUAUACCGCCAUCUCCUUAUCCAAAAACAGAACCGAGAAAGCCUCCCAUUCCUCCCAAAGCUGAGUCGGACCUUACCUGGGGAUAUGACAUACGGAAGGCAUCCCUUGCUGUCCGCAUUGAUCCAGAUACAUCCGAUGACGAACAAACCGUGCCUCAAGUAGCAGUACCCCCUAGUCCGAACACGAUCAACAAACCUUCUCUUGGAGUUAGAGUACAGCCAGAUUCACAAGGAGGGGCCUGGGACCAAUUUGCUGAGAACGAACGCCUCUUCGGAUUGAAGACUGACUAUGAUGAGAAUAUCUACACAAUGCUCCUCAAUAGGAACCACCCCCAAUACGAGCAAAAAGCGGCUGUGGCUGACAGGAUUGCAAGAGAAAUUGAGCCCGAAUCCCCAGGCCAUGCUGACGGAGAAUCAAACGGGGAAGAAGAUGUACCAAAGUCUAGAUCAAAGAUGAAUCAUAGCCGACAACUUCAGCAGUCCACAAGUCAGAGUUCCAUCAAGUCCGUCAAAUGGGAUCCAGCUGUCAUAGCUUGUGGCUUGAAGAAAGUUGAUCGAAAGGCAAUCCGAGAGUUUUUAGAAACCUUGAAAAACUUGGACAGUGAUGAGGACCAAGCUACCAAGCCUACACAGGCCUCCGAGGAAGAGGCAAAGGAGCCCCACACGGGUUCAAAUGCUAUUCCAGGGAAAGGACUAAACCCUCGGGCACCGGCCUUCCGAGAGCGCUCUUCUGGUGAGUCUAUGGAAGAUAGUCAGCAAGAGCCAUUUUUCUUAGGUGUCACACGAAGGCGAGCCCGUAUUGGUGAGACACAGAAGAACGACAAGAGCGAACUUGGUCCAGCAGCUAAAAUCAUCCAAUGUUGGUUCUGUGGUUAUGAAAUGGCGUUGGACUGCCCGAGAUGUGAAGCCUCUCGCACUCCUCCGCCGCCGGGCGCCCCCCCACCACCACCACCACCACCUCGGACGCCCGCUUUCCGCGAGCAAGAUCCUAUCUGGAUUGAUACCUGUCGACUGCCUCCAACGAUUAUCGAUCAAGAGGUCGAUGAUUUCCAUGAAUUUUGCAGGGCGAAUAACUUCAUUCCUCUGGUACCUGUCAGCCAAAACCCAAUCAUUCCACUGACUCCAACGGAGACGAAGAGUUCUCUGAAUGCGCCGUACAUCGCCUUCAAACCGGAUCCAAUCCCCAUGACUUACACACUUCCGUUUUAUGACAUGGAGCUAACAUUGCCAAUUGUUCAAACGCCUAAGAUUCAGGCUCUUGAAGAUGCUUCUCGUGUACGACUUUCAAGGUCUGGUAACGUCUCAAAACAGUCGUACCGUGCAAUGGCCACUCAGGAUCUUAUCUGUCUAUUCGAAGAGACUUCGGAGCCCAUCGAAGAUGGACAUCGUGAAGCGAAAGCUCUCGCUCCAGCUUGGGGUGCCCAAAUUCUGGAGAAUUUCGUGAAGAAAUAUCCGAUGACUGGACAGCGUAAACCUAAGGAUGCGAUAUUUGAGCAGAAGGAGAAUCAAAAGUCUGACGCACAAGUAGAGCAAACGAAAUGCCCGAAAUUUGAAGGAAAGUCUGGUGAGGGCAACCCAUUCAAGCGUGCGGCGGAAGUUCAGCAAAAACUUGAAAUGCUUCUUUUUCAACAAAGGGAGAAGGAGGCUCCACUUGUUCCUGCUCACAAAAUCAAGGCGACUGAGAUCCAGCAAAAGUUGGAGAUCAUGCUGUACAAGCUCAAGGAGCAAAAAGCGUUGGAGAGCUUUUCCAAACGUGUUCUGCAGAGGGCUAAUGGGCGUUGCUCUGACAAGAGCUCGGACAUUGAGUUGAAAACUUCUCGAAACAUUUCCUAAAGUUCGCAGGGCGCCGUGAAUAUUGGAAAUGUAGAGAAACUGAGAUGAGAAUGAGAGGAGGUGUUUAAAGGGAUGAGUGAAUCGCUAGUCGUCCGAGGUUGAGACGUCCAAUGGGUAUUCUUUGGUUAUCGAGUAUCAUUACACUAUUCACGGCUGACCUAUAGUCAGCGAUAGUCUUUCUGUAUCAUAAUUGUACUGAAUCGAAGUUGUUCAUUUGAAAAGA